AUGUCAUCCUCGCAUUCAGAAACAGCUCGAGGAGGCCAUGCGUCAGAAUGCAUAGCAGAGCUCUCCUUACGCCUCGCAAAUGCAAUCGGGGAAACAAGAGCCCCCUUAAAGCCUCUGAAGAAACCUCAUUGCUUUAGCUUGAACACUGACCAUACGCUGUUUAUCUUUUCGACCCAGCUGCUCAAGGCCCUUUUGACGGAAUCCCCGAGCGUUUCCAGUUUAAACGGGCUUCUCUCCGUUGUGCACCAACAGAGAGAUAAGAUAACCCAUACCUUGGAGAGAGUCUCACUACGAAGCCUUGCUGAGUACUUGCUCAAAUCACCUACAGAUGAUGGCUGCGAACUGGGGUUAUCACUCUUAGUGGGCGAGCCAAAGUGCCUCUUAGAUACUGCGUCAAUGAGUUCUCAGAUAAACGUUCCUCAACUGGACAACCUCUUACAGCUAGCCCAGAAAAGCCUAAUCCUGAAGAUUUACACGAUAUUCACCAAUGAAUCAUCUACUGCUCAGCUUAGGAGGAUAUCUGGUAAAGCGUUAGCGGAACUACUCUACAACUCCGAAGGGAAUUGCCAAUUAGUCGGGGAAAUGGCGAACAAGGAUUCAGCAAGGCCCAUCAUCAACACUCUAGAAUGUCCAGACACCGUACUCUCAUUUCUCGCAAGCGCUAUACUUGCAAGGCUUUACUCCUCUAGGGUAGGCAACGCCUCACCCUGGGGACCGUGGGGACAGGACAAUUCAUACUCGAGGAUAAUGAACGACCUACAACUUGAAGAGAACGCCAUCAAACAGUAUUACUUCUACGUACGCGCCAAGAGACAGCCGUCAAGCGGGGAAAGAGUGGCGCUUCCCAUGUACUGUUUACUGGAAUCGGAUGGAGAGAAUAAAAGCGGCCUUCCACAAGGCUCCGUCCUGUUAGGGCUGGAUGAGGGCCGACUGGACUUUCUACACUGCGACAAGGAUGCGGAGGGUCGUGUUUUUACCUACAUGGUACUUCAACCAACAAAGGCGCCCAACAGCCGAUGCGUUGUAGCUGGUGGCCAGGAAGGAGGGAAGCUUUUUCUAUCUCUGCACAUUGAUGCACGGGACUCAGUCAUGAUAAACAACCAAAAGCGGCGCUUGCAAGUUGUCUGUUUCGGUAUAGCGAUCGAGAAUGACCUGACGAAUUUGAAGAGAGGCCUCGAGGCCACGGGGGUAUUAAGCCAACGACAGCGUCCCCGAAGAUCAUCAUCCCUUAUGAUACCUCUGGAUGACCUUGACCAUAUUGACCAGAUCGAUCGAAAGUUCUCCCAGUCUUCCUACUCAUCAUCGGCCAGUUCAACGACAGACCAGGCCACAUCUGCUGUCCCAUCGCUCAAAGAGGCAUUAAGUCCCGUUGAUGAACUAGACCACGUGUCAGAGACAAGCAAUGAUAGUUCCCCCCAGAGCCCACUGACAGAGCUCUCUCGAACUCCCACCGAUUACAUAAUUUCAUCGCCGAGGAAACAGCGUGUCUCUCAACCUAUUAGUCCUGGACUUUCUCGGGGUGAUGGAGUGACGAAAAAGUCUGCAGUUAGCGAGCUCGUUGUACCUCCCAAGAACCCUAGAACACGGCAAGCAAAGGCUAAUCACCAGAAUAUUGUGAACGAUAUGCAAGAGACGAAACCAAAUGAAGGCCAGACAAAUGUGAGCGGGCCCGCGCACAGCACUCGGUCAAGGGCCUCUCAAAGUAGAACAGAUGUGUCCGCAAGUACGGGACCGAAAUAUGGGCGAUCGGACACUCAAGAGUCUCUAGUGUUCACUACGCAUCGACCUAAGGGAAAGCUGUAUACAGCGCUGUCCAAGACCGUGGUGGGUCAUACUGAAGACCACGACACAAGCGAGGGCUUUGGCGAACAAGGACAUCAAGUGGGUACGGAGCUGACGUCCGUUCCUUCUCCUUUGCCCGGGGGCACUGGCUUGACUUUACAUAAAAAGUCUAAGAAGCGCGACAGCGCUGGAUGCACAAGCCAGAGAGCCGCUCCGAGGCCCAAGGGGCAGUCCAAGGGGGUGAAUAAAAGAAGAGGAAAAGCAAACCCUAAAGAACGUGCUGAGACUUUGUCCCCGACAACGGCUAGCACUGGGAAUGACAAGCAUGGGCAGCAACCGGAGGUUUUUGUGGAAGCUCCACAACGAAAUGCUGCAGCAAAUGACCAUGAGUGCGACAGUAGCCCCCUUCCGGAAAUGUCAGACCAGCUCAAAGAUAGCAUCGAUGCCCGCAAUUUUCCUAAGCAUACGCGCCGUAAGGCCUUUGGUGCUUCUGCACUCCGCCAACAGGAUUACUCCAAUGGUUCGAUUGUUGAAGCAUCUCGAUCUUUGGCGCAGCUUGAGACCUCGUGCGACCUAAAUAGGACUCUCAGUAGCUCGGCCCAUACCAAAUCUAACAGUGACAAGCAACAGAGCAGUGGCCAAACGGUUGCGGAGAAGCUAAUUGCCGUCCUUGAAGAAAGUGGCAUACUCCCGGAACACUUCGACGAGAACUGGGACAAGGAGAAUAUCGAGAAUAAUGCCGAGGAUGUCCUUAUCCCAGAGGAACCACAUACGUACAGCUCAUUGUUCAGCAGCAAUGGAACGCAGGGCACGUCUAGCCCCCAAGAAGCAGGUAUGAGCCUGCAGGGCACUACUGUGGUCGAGCCACGUUCCACUGUAUCACUCGCUGGAACGCAACACAGUUCUCUGCAAACUGGCACUGAUCGAGACCCGUCAAAGACAAGCUUCAGAAAGAGAGCUGGUAUAUUUGGGAGAACGGGUUAUGAGCCGAAAAGGGCCAGGAAGAUCUCGUCUCUUAUUACAACCUCAUCUAUUGAGCCGCAGUCGACGCAGUCGACCGUCCAAUUCUGUCAAACGAGACCACGAACCCAGCCUAAAGAGGAUAGUCGUAUAGCCUUCCCCUUCCACGAGAUUUCGGGGAAUGCCAGCGUAGGCCCCCAGAUGCCUGGUCUCUCAGACGCAAAUGCGUCGGACAUUAUAUCCGCUGGCAACGAACCUGAGAAUCGCUGUCUGACUCCUGUCAAGCCUCUACACUCAGUGCAACAAAGGGGCCACAACCACGCCGGUAUUUCUCUCGAGCCAAACUUCAAGAUCACCAUCGAUAAAAAUGGAAGCCCUCGGCGCUCACAGGGGAAAAGCGAACAGUUCACUGCACCGCAGCGAGCGCCGUCCUCCACACAAACGAUUGCCAGGGCCAUUGCAGAGCCCAGUGCUGUCAGCAGCGCACCACAAGUGAGCACGUCUCGGACAGAGAAGCAGUCAUCGUUCAACAGAGAGGGUGUCUCAAAGGUUGCUGUACCCUGUCGGAUUGAGUUGUCAAAAAUGCCGCAAGAACAACGUCUGACUGAUGGAGACGACGGCCAGGGGGAGGAUUUGCGAGGCUCCUCGGCUAGCGAAUUGCUUUCAAGAAUGGCUGCGCCGGACUCGAAGCGGGCGUUUGGGCUGACAUCAGAUACAUCCCACAGGCAAACAUUACUCCAGGAACUUCACAGGGAGGUGGAAAGGACGCUGGUCAACACCGACGAGCAAUUAUAUCGUUAUAUUGAAGCCGAACGAAAAGCAGUCUACGAAGUUCUAGAGGAAUAUCGUAACACAAUUAACCGAGUUAUCGAAGCGCAAACAAAACGCAUAGCGCUAUGCCAGCAAGAGAAGGCAUCCAUUAUGCAGAAAUAUGCAGUUUGCCAGGGUCCGGGUCCUCGUCUACAAGAGGACCUCGGGAAGGGGGUCUGAACGCUGUCGACUGAUGAAGACCGUUGGGUACGUUGCUCGAGGAGGUCUGGCCAAGUAAGUUCCAUGAUGGGGUUGUUGAAGUACUCUGUAAGCUUGUACGACGUAAUAUCGCGAUGUUCUUGUUUUCUUGCUAUUUCAGUUAUUCAGGCCGGAAUGUUGAGCGCAAAGGGACACCUGGGCGUCUGUACAUCAGUACUUUCAAAUUAAGCAGCGAAUCAGGAACGAAUGUGUGAAGA